CACAACCAGGAUAACUAUCGACCAAACCAAGCAGCUGGAAAAAACUACCUUCUUAUUUUGAAACAUCCAGCUGUUUUGUUAUUCUUCUCUCUUUUUUUUUUUUUUGUCACUUUUGUUUCUUCUCAUCAUGAAAGCCAUCAGUCCCGUCCGCUCGGUGAGGAGCUGCUACAGAGCCGUGUGCUGCGUCUCGGAGCAGAGCCUCGCCAUCAGCCGGAGCAGUAAUCCCAAACACUCGUGCGUGGACGAGCCGGUGAGCGCCCUGUGCGACAUCAACGACUGCUACUCCAAGCUGAAGGAGCUGGUCCCGAGCAUCCCGCAGAACCAGACCGUCAGCCAGGUGGAGAUCCUGCAGCACGUCAUCGACUACAUCUUCGACCUGGAGAUGGUCCUGUCCAUAAAGACUGCUGACAUUUCUCGAGAUUUCUCCAAAGAAGAAGAGCAGCUGUGCCAUUAGAAUGAGGAUGGAACAUCACGGUGCAGGGAAACACAUGUCUCCACUUCACUCCGGGCAAGAGGACAAGAGGGGGCAGAAAAGGGUGGGAUAGGUAUUUGGAGGAGAGGAGGAGGGCUUUAAAGGAAGAGACUGAACGAGAGAAGGAGGAGAGGGGAGAAACAAAGCUGUGGAUCAGUUCCGAGAUGAGCGGCGGGGAUCAACAGAAGUGCACGAGCAAGAACACAGAGACUCAUUCUUUGGCUCCUGACAGACAAAUCAACACACCAAAGCAGAAGCCAGGACUGGKAAGUGAAAGCGACCAACUGUCUUCCUUGUAAACCUCGGGAUUCCUUAAAUGUAGAAGUAAAAUUAUUUGUAAUUUUGCCUUUUUUAAUUUUUGUAAUUCAUUCCAAACAGACCUCCUGAGGGGCCAACACGAACCUUUCUACACCAAGUCUUGUAUCACCACACCUAUUAUUCCCCAAGAGCAUUUUUUAUUUUUAUUUUAUUUUAAUUUUUCCUGCUAAAGCUAGWGUCAUACAUCCUGUACAUACGGUGUAAGUCCUUCUGAAUGUCUACAUUUUUUAUGGGAGUUUUAGUUGCUAUAAUCCAAACUCUAUACUAGAGUUUAUUCUAAAUGUUUGUAGGGAUUGUUUUAUUUCUGCAGACCACAUGUGAGUUUCAUAAACUCCUUAUUAUAAAGAUUUCUUUGUAUGUAUGUUAAGAAUGAUAAUUAAAAAAAACAAAACAAUGUGAAA